AUGUCCAAUCCGUUGAUCAAGGCUGUUGCGGCUACUCUUAUUCAAGUGGUGUUGAUCUUCGAUCAAGAAAGCGUUCAAGCAGAAUUUAGUGACACUUGCGACAACUCCACCAGUUCACUCUCAUGCAUUCACACAUAUGAGCAGCUUUAUCACAGUUUAACAAAGUCAGAUAACAGUUUUAACAUUGAGUCUGCCUUAUUUCCAGCCAAGAAACCCUCUUCUGUUCGUGUGUUUGUGAAUUUACAUGGUCCCAACAAAACAGGUUCACCCAUUGCAAGGUACACUUGGAGCGUAUCUUGUCUGUAUGUUGCUAUUCCUGAUGUCUUCCUGGAAAUUGUGUCACUCGGAUCAAUCCUUGUCAGACAUCGGACAAAAGAAUUGAACAUAACAAUUCCACAUUUCUGUUGCAAUGUGUCGAAAACAGAGGAUGAAAGAAAGAAGACGAUAAACGAUAUGAUUGAAAAUGUCCUCGCUGCGCUUCAAGAUCUGGCCUCUUCACCAGGAAUAAGGAAUCCAGAACUAAAUAAUGCACAGUGUGUUAUCGAGGGCCAUGGUACAGAUAUGCAAGCUACAGGAAGAAGUCUCGAAAUCAGAAUAAUGAUAUGGGGUUCUUUCUGCUCCACCUGUGCAGCUUUCGAUCCACUCUAUGGGAUGAUAGUGGGAUAUGUGGUGCUUUUGAAGGUAACAAAUAGCCCUGAAUAUAAGCCUAUGCUAUGUUUAAGUGUUUUGGUGGGAGUACCUGGUUCAUUUAUCUGGUUGAUACUUUUAUCUGUUGUAAUUUAUUUCUCUGUGAGAGACGGACCACUUUUCUACCUGGAUAUCUUACUUGUUUUGAUUCCCGUUUUGUAUUUUAUUACUCCCCUCUCAAAAAGAGUGAGGGACAUCUGGAAUAAUUGUAAGAGCUCUGAUCCAGGUCAGAUGAACAGCGGCUUUAUGUGGUUUCAGAAACUACUUGCCCCUUUAAGUGUUAUUUAUACCUGUUUCUUCUCCUGUUGGAUGCUCAUCGGCAUAAUGCUUAACCCAAUUUGGGGUUUGACAAUUGCACUAGCAGUAUGUCUUGUUAUUUCGUCUUUCAAUUAUAUAGUCGGCGGCUACGUAGUCGUUAGACAAACGCAAUGUGAUGAAAGCAUGCAUCAGUCUCUUCGUAGAAAUUGGGUACUUAGUUUUCUGGCUCUCAUAUUUUUAACAAUUGUUGUGAUUUUUGCCGGACAAUCGUUUAAUGGCAGAGAAACCGCAGAUGGACUAUUCAAAACCGCCCUUUUUACCGCUCUUGUUUUUUUUACCUCGUGGUUGUCAUGGAAGAGGCUUUUCAGCCAAGACUCAGAGAGGAGGGAAGCCCCAAUGACAAAUCCACUUGACCUUCUUCCAGAUAUUUUUCAAAGACUAAGUCAAGAUGUUGAACCGGGGCUUAAUUUCAGAGGAACAUCUCCCCACAACUCAUUUCGAGAAAGCAUGGAGGAACCCCAGCCUUCAUUCGGUGAUUUCGAUGAGUCAUCCAGUGACCAUUCCAUUGAUUCCUGGGUGUAA